AAAAUGGAUUUAAAGAAAAAGCUCUUUGAAGAAAUAAAAGCUGUGGAGAGCCUUUCGACUCUCUCUUUUGCGAAGAGCCACUCCAUACCCCAUCAAGAUGUUGUGGGCGCUUUAAAAAGUCUAGAAAUGGUAGCUGAUGGAUUUCUUAAAACUGAAAUUAGUCAAUCUCACAGUUUAGAGCUUACAUCUUUUGGAUGUAAUCUUAUUGAUAAUGGAAAAAGCCCAGAAUUUGCACUUUUUAAGAGAGUGGAAGGGCUUCAAGGAGGCGUACAUAGAAAAAUAUUACAAGAUGAAGGACUUUUUGAGAGCUUUAACUAUGCCAAAAUGCUUGGAUGGGUAGAUAUGGACCAAAAUCAGAAUGUAAUAUCUAAAAAGGAAGUUGAAGAGGAUAUCUGUCUAUUAACGCUUCAGAAAUUGGCGAUCGAUCCCAACUUAAAACCUUCUAGUCUUAUUUUAAACAUCCUACUUCGUCGAAAAGCUUUAAAAAAAAUAACCACCAAGUACUUUAUAGUUCAAAAAGGCCCCAAUUUUAAAUUUAAUCUAAAGGAACAAGUUACCGAACUUACUGAAGACAUGAUAAAAAGAGGCAUUUGGAAAGAUUUAUCGUUUAAAAAAUAUAAUUUUAUCGGCGGCGCCGUCUCCGGUGGUCACUUACAUCCGUUGCUCAAAGUUCGUGCUCAGUAUCGAGAAAAGUUUUUAGAAAUGGGUUUCACUGAAAUGCCCACCAAUCAAUUCGUCGAAAGUUCGUUUUGGAAUUUCGAUGCACUUUUUCAGCCCCAAAAGCAUCCCGCUAGAGAUGCUCACGAUACUUUUUUCUUAGCUGAUCCCGCUUAUUGUUCCAAACUCCCUGAAGACUACAUGCAACGCGUGAAACAAACUCACGAGUCUGGCGGAGGCACAGGCUCGCUUGGCUACCGCUGCAAGUGGUCUGAAGAGGAGGCUAGGAAAAACCUUCUGAGGACUCACACGACAGCCGUGACCGCCAGAAUGCUGAAGAACGCUGCCGACAUGCAUCCCUUCCGGCCGGUAAAGUACUUUUCAAUUGAUCGAGUCUUUCGAAAUGAGACCACGGACUCAACCCAUCUAGCAGAAUUCCACCAGGUUGAAGGAGUAAUUGUGGACUAUAAUUUGUCUUUGGGCGAUCUUAUAGGGAUUUUGCAUUCUUUUUUUUUGAAGUUAGGGAUUGCAAGCCUGCGCUUCAAGCCUGCAUAUAACCCAUACACGGAGCCGAGUAUGGAGAUCUUUAGCUACCACGCUGGCCUUAAGAAAUGGGUGGAAGUGGGAAAUAGCGGGAUGUUCCGGCCAGAAAUGUUGGAACCAAUGGGUCUCCCCUCGGACGUUCGGGCCAUCGCUUGGGGUCUUUCCUUGGAAAGGCCCGCUAUGAUUAUGUACGGAAUUGAUAACAUCCGAGACCUCGUGGGACACAAAGUCGACUUGAAAUUUAUUCGAGAGACGCCAAUAUGCAGCAUAUGA